AUGGCGAUGAGCACAAAGAGAGCAGUGCUAAGCUCCUACAAGGCUCUGCACCGGACUAUUUUGUUCGUCUUCGACGGCGAUGUGGGUACGAUUCAGUCUGCCAGAGCAAAAGCGAGAGAAGAAUUCAAGAAAAACGCGUGUGUUAAGGACCCGGACAAAAUAGAGGAGUUGCUCAAGUUUGCCGGUGAUGUUAGAGACGUGUUAAGAAAAGAUGUCGUUCAUGCCAUCAUUAACGAAAAGGGACAUUAUGAACUCCAGCUGAGGCCCGAACAUUUGAAAGACAACGCGGCAUGUGCAAAAGAAGAGCCUCCUCGAAAGCAAUAA